AUGGACCCAGAAGCGACCUCAAUUUAUUUGGAUUACUAUUAUGCUACAAGCUCAAACCCUGAGAUCCAGGAGACCAGUUCCUAUGUGCCUUACACAUCUGUCUUCCUUCCCAUAUUUUACACAGCUGUGUUCCUGACGGGAGUGUCGGGGAACUUCAUCCUCAUUGGGGCACUGUAUUUCAAACGUGGCAGCAGAAGACUGAUCGAUAUCUUUAUCAUCAAUUUGGCUGCCUCUGACUUCAUUUUCCUGGUCACCUUGCCUCUCUGGGUGGAUAAGGAAGCAUCUCUCGGACUGUGGAGAACAGGUUCUUUCCUGUGCAAGGGCAGCUCCUACAUGAUCUCAGUCAACAUGCACUGCAGUAUCUUCUUGCUCACUUGCAUGAGCGUGGACCGCUACCUGGCCAUUGUGUGCCCAGCCCUUUCUAGGAAACUCAGAAGGAGGGACUGUGCCUAUGCAGUUUGUGUAAGUGUCUGGAUGAUCUCUUGCCUCCUGGGAUUGCCUACUCUUCUUUCCAGGGAGCUCACCCUCAUUAAGGAUAAGCCAUACUGUGCUGAGAAGAGGGCUACUUCCGUAAAACUGACAUGGGCUCUGGUAGUAUUGAUUCUCACCUUUUUUGUGCCCUUGGUGAGCAUCCUGACCUGCUACUGCUGUAUCACAAGAAAGCUGUGUGCUCAUUACCAGCAAUCAGGAAAGCAUAAUAGAAAGCUGAGGAAAUCCAUAAAGAUCAUCUUUUUUGUAGUGGCAGCCUUUGUCUUCUCCUGGUUGCCCUUUAAUAUAUUCAAACUCCUGGCCAUCGUUUCUGGGUUGCAACAAGAGUUCCCAUUUUCCUCAACUAUUCUUCACCUGGGCAUGGAGGUGAGUGGGCCCCUAGCAUUUGCCAACAGUUGUGUCAAUCCUCUCAUUUACUACAUCUUUGACACAUACAUCCGCCGGGCCAUUGUGGGCUUCUUGUGUCCUUGCCUGAAGAACUCUGCCUUUGGGAGCAGCACGGACACGCUAGAUAGUCACCUCACUAAGGCCCUUAACAACUUCAUUCAUCCAGAGGAUUUUGUCAGACGAAGGAAGAGGUCCGUAUCACUCUAA